AAUGACAUCAGAAAACAUCACCCUUCCACAUCAUGGAUGACCUCACAAUUAAUGACCUGUUAUGACAUCAUUCUGCAUCAUAAAUGUUAUCAUGUCAUUCUGCAUCCCUGCUUGAUGCAUAAUUACAUUUUAUGAUGUCAUUUUGCACCACUGCUUGAUGCAUAAUUACAUUUUAUGAUGUCAUUUUGCACCCCUGCUUGAUACAUAAAUACAUGUUGAUUUUCCCAGGACAAAGUCAAAAACAUUUUAAGACUUGUGAUCAACUGUAUUCUAAGAUUAAAUCUUCAAAACAGCUGAUCUGAAGAAGAACAAUCUUGAAGUAAGCACGUCAAGAAAAGGAAAUAGAAAAAUGGAAGUCCUUGAGCUGAUGGAAGGUCAUUAUUUAGUUGGAAAUCAGGGGAUCUAUAAAAUUCUGGAAUUCCUGGGAGAAGGAAGCUUUGGAAAAGUGGCUAAAUGUUCUAAAUUGGGGAGUCCAGAAUGUUACGCUAUUAAAAUCAUGAAUUGUUCCAGAGAAGGACAGAAAGAGUUUAAAAUGAUGAAACUGAUCAAAGACCUGGAUCCUGAUGAGAACCACCUGAUUAAGAUGUUUGAACGCUUUACAUUUCAAGGUAUGACCUGCAUAGUGUUUGAGCUCUUAGAUGUGAGCUUGAUUGACAGCUACAAGCGGGACUCGUCUACUCGGACCCAUUUGUGUUUGAUCAGAGUCAUUGCUCAGCAAAUGCUGAAGGCUCUCAAAGCGCUCAAAGGUAUCGGUGUGACACACUGCGACAUAAAAUUGGACAACAUUAUGUUUGCGGAACGAGACUCAGCGAAUGUAAAACUCAUAGACUUUGGUCUGGCUGUGGAGACAAAGAAACUUUCAACCGGAACCGAAAUCCAAAUAACUCCAUUCAGAGCACCUGAAGUUAUCCUGGGACUCCCUUUGGAUGACAGCGUUGACAUGUGGGCUCUUGGCGUGGUGUUGGCCUCUGUUUACUUUGGAAAUUAUCCCUUUCCAUGUGAUACAGAAUAUGAAACAAUACGAGCUAUGGUGCAGAUAUUUGGUUUACCAGAAGCUGAAGUUCUCCAUAAGGCAAAGUACAAAGCACCCCAUUUCACUAGGGACAACGGCCACUGGAGACUAUGCACACCAGAGGAAUACACAGAAUCAACAGGUGAACAAGUGGAAAAAGAUCAUGUGAUAAACCUGGAUGCAGUGAUUCAUGAACAUCAGCAUAUAUUUGACGACCAUGAUGAGGAUGACCACAGAGCUUUCAUUGACCUUCUCAAGAGCAUGCUGGAAGUCAAUCCUCAAAACAGAAUCACGCCGAGUCAAGCCCUCCAACACGACUUCAUCACCAUGAAGCACCUUGCAAGAAAAAGGAAAGCCAAGUAUGCUUCCAAAGCUAAAGAGCUCAUGGGACAGAUCCAGCUGGGAGAAAAGAAAAAAAAAGACAUAAAAAUGUCUUUAUUAGUGUGAUUGUGGGGG